AUGCCUGUAUGGUGCCACAUGUUUGUACAAACUCUGACGGAGGGAGCCCGGCUCUGGUUUGACAGCCUCCCUCCGGGGGGAAUCGAUAGUUAUGAAGAGUUAAGCGAGAAGUUCCUCAGGAACUUCAGUCAGCAGAGAAAAGUGGUCAAGAAUCCAAAUGAGAUCCUCCACAUAAGGCAGAGGGACAAUGAGCGAAUAGAUCAGUAUAUGGAGAGGUUCGUCAAGGAGAGCAUGAACAUCAAAGAUGUCCCGGAGGUCAUGAAGAUCAGCAGUUUCAUAAACGGGCUAAACCAUGCACAGCUCUGUGGGAAACUGGGGGAGGAGUUCCCCCACUCAUUUGACAACCUUAUGGACAGAGUCAGAGCCUUUGUCAGAGGGAAAGACACGGUCAGCAAAGCCAAGGAGACGGACGUCACACCUCGGAGGAUCGCCCCAGCUACAAAGCUUCCUGACAAAGGUACACCUUACUCCCGAAAGCCCACUUUUGAUAGAGUGUUGCACGACAGAACGAGGCCCUCAUACUCCCCAUACAGACCUCAGGGGAGGGGUCCCCCUCCUUACUCUGAUAAUUUCACCCCUCUCACCAAGACCACAAGUGAGAUACUGGCCACAGAGAGGGUAAAGAACUCCUUCCCAAGGCCGCCACCCAUAAAACCUAGGCCAGAGGCACAACCAAACGAGUUUUGUGAUUUUCACAGAGGUUUUGGACACAAAACUGAUGACUGUAUAUAUCUGAAAAGAGAGAUAGAAGCCGCAGUAAAAACGGGAAGGCUGACCCAUUUGGUUAAGGAAAUUAAGAAGGGGGGAGGGGACCGCAAGGGAAGAGAUGGAAGGGAGCCUGGGAGGGUAGAUGUUGAUAUGAUUAGAAGGAGGAAUGAAUUCGAUACCACCCGGAGUGUAAAGGUCAGAAUCCUGGGCUCCCCGGACUGCAUGAAAGCUCCCAUCCUCAUGCCACACUUGGAAGAAAAUGAAGUGCAACGACUUCCCCUAGACAUCUCAGCCAUAAUAGCUGGCCACAAGGUGUCUCGAAUACAUGUGGACGGAGGGUCCGGUGUCGAAGUAAUAUACGAGCAUUGUUUCCUUAGAUUUGACAGGGAUGUAAGAGAUCGGCUCGAAGAAGACUCCAUCCCUUUAGUGGGAUUCAACAACAGUGUAUCACACCCCCUGGGAAAAAUCAGGCUUCCAUUCACAGUUGGGGUAGGGGAUCGGGUCCGAACGAUAAACCUGACCUUCACAGUGGUCCGGGCACCCUCAAAGUACAACGCAAUCUUAGGUAGACCUGGAAUCGGGGACCUACAAGCACAAGCAUCCACCCCCCAUGGAGCUUUAGUGUUUCAAACACCGAAGGGUUUAGCCUAG